GCCCGAAGAAGCGGCGCGGGUUGCUGAUCAGCAAGGAGGGUCCCUGAUGCCCGGCAGAAGAAACAGAAUUUCCUUUAUAUGACAAAUCUUCCACAGACACCAUAACUGCCCUUCGUAAUGUCUACUACUGUUCAAGAAGAUGUCUGCAAUCAUGUGAAGGUAGUGGUCCGGGUUCGUCCAGAAAGUCAGAAAGAGAGAGAUGGCAACUUCAGGAAAGUGCUCCAAGUUGUCGAUAAGCAUAUGUUGGUCUUUGAUCCCAAAGUGGAGGAAGUCAGUUUCUUUCAUGGGAAAAAAGUUCCAUGCCGUGAUCUUAACAAGAGGCAAAACAAGGACCUCAAAUUUGUAUUCGAUGCUGUAUUUGACGAACAUUCUUCCCAGCUGGAGGUCUUUGAAGACACUACCCUGACCAUGCUGGAUGGCUUUUUAAAUGGAUAUAAUUGCACAGUGCUUGCUUAUGGCGCAACUGGAGCUGGGAAGACUCAUACGAUGCUGGGCUCCCAGGAAGACCCUGGAGUGAUGUACCGGACCAUGAUGGAGCUCUACAAUGCCAUAGAGCGGAUGAAAGAGGAGAAGCAUUGCACUAUUGCCGUUUCUUACCUUGAGGUCUACAAUGAGAAGAUACAUGAUUUGCUUGUAAGUUCAGGACCACUGGCCGUUCGAGAAGAUCCUCAAAAAGGAGUGCUGGUUCAUGGGUUAACAAUGCAUCAGCCGAAAUCUGCCAUGGAGAUCUUGCAAAUAUUGGACUAUGGAAACAAAAACAGAACACAGCAUCCCACUGAUGUGAAUGCCUCCUCAUCUCGGUCCCAUGCUGUCUUUCAGAUCUAUUUGAGACAACAAGACAGGACAGCAUGUAUCAAUCAAAAUGUCCGUAUUGCCAAAAUGUGCCUCAUUGACUUGGCAGGCUCGGAACGUGCCAGCGCCACAAAGGCCAUGGGAGCUCGUUUUAGAGAAGGGGCAAAUAUUAAUCGCUCACUGCUAGCCCUUGGCAAUAUCAUUAAUGCUCUGGCAGACCCAAAAAAGAAGAACCAGCACAUUCCUUAUCGGAACAGCAAGCUUACUCGUUUACUGAAGGAUUCUCUAGGAGGAAAUUGCCGUACGAUAAUCAUAGCUGCCGUUAGCCCUUCUUCUCUGUUCUAUGAUGACACAUAUAACACUCUUAAAUAUGCCAAUCGAGCCAAGGACAUCAAAUCCUCUCUGAAGAGCAAUGUUGUAAGCUUGGACAGCCAUAUAAGUCAAUACGUUAAGAUUUGUGAAGAACAAAAGAAAGAGAUCAUAAUGCUGAAAGAGAAACUACGAGUCCUUGAGUUGGAAAAAACAUCUUCUCCUGACAGACGUGCCACAGAUCAACAACAGGUGGAAAUUUCAAGGUUUAGAGAAAUUUUGAAGUGUGUGUUCGCAAAUCGAGAGGAAAUCAGGCAAGAGUUACUGAAGCUUGAACUGCGCCAUAAAGAAAACAUCCUUAAAACCCAUUAUCAGAAAAAUUGCCAUGAACAAGUUGAAAUGAUGUGCGCUCCGGAGAGAAUGGAGAGGGCGACUGACAAGCACGACCACCGGCUUGCGUUACUUAAAACCCGGCGCUUGCAAAUAGAGCAGAGGGAAGCGGAAGAGACUAAACGCUUUGAGGACAACAGUAAUUGGUUGCACCGGGUCGAAAACGAAAUGCGCCUCCUGGGUCAAGAUGGCCAUGUUCCUCAGGAGCUCAUCCGAGAUCUGCAGUACUGCCAUUUGAAGUUGGAAGUGAAAGAUUUGAGAACUCAGACUGAAUACAUGAGGACUCUUGCAUCCCUCCAAGAACAGCAAUAUAAACAGACAGAAAAAAUACUAAGUGCUUUGCUUCCUGUUCUAAGAAAGCAGUACGUAGCUUUGAAAACAGCGGGGUAGCAACAGUGCUGUUGAGGGAUGACUUUCAAGGUGUUUGCGCAGCUGAUUCACAGAGAGAAGCCGUGGUCUGGGCUGACCAGAUGACUGAAAAAAGAACCAAAACAAAAUGAUUCACCAGUGAUGUCUGCUAUCAUGGCCUUUCCACAACUUGUGAGUUACCAGAAUACUCCUUGCCGUAUGGCAUCAGAGAAAGUUAAGACCCAUGUGGAACUUGAGGCAGAAUACGGAGUACCUCCUAACAAAAGAAUAAGGCGGAAAUUGAUGGAGUCUCCCAUGGCAGUGCAAAGUCCUCAGCAAUCCAGUCAGCCAAGCCCUAAUCACCUGGUGGAUUCCAUCAGCAAAGCAUUCCACCCCAUUCUGUAUACACCCAUGGGCUGCCGGAAGCCUGUGGAGAACCUGCAUACUGAGACUGUGGUAAAGCAAGUGUUAAAUACAGCAGCAGGCCUUCAAGAAAUAAACAGCCGCACUGCACAGGCUCAGGAGCCAUUAAAGCAGGAGAGCCAUGGGGAUAACAUAUGCAUCGUGACUCCAGAGCGCCUCAUGAACUCGACAGUUACUCUAUACGAAAGCAACAUGGGCAGUACAGACUACCCUCCCAACGAAUCCGAAAGCAAAUUGCAGGUGACCGACAGCAGCAACAAUAGUUUACAAAGACUUGCUGUCGCUCCAUCGUUAAAUAGGCAACCAGACCCUAUACAUAAUAAGCCCUCUUAUAUGGCAAUGACAUCUGCUGCUGAGAGGAAAAGGAAGUUAUUAUGUUCAAUAUCAAACAGCGAGAUUACAAAUCAGCACGGUCAUACAACUGCAAAGCGUAUUAAACAAGACAGCAUGUUAAGUUAUAAAUCUCUAAGAGUCCCUAAAUCGACAGAAACUAGAACAAGAAGCUGGAAGCAACAUGAAGAGCUAAGAAAACGUGUCAGAAACAACUGCAAGGAAAAUGCAACCUUAGACACGAAACUCAAGACAUCCAAAAAAGCAUUUUAAAUUACCUACGCUGAAAUAAAUCGUUGCUUUAUACA